GAUUUCCCCUCUUGGAUUUUAUUUAUAAAAUAAAAGCUCCCCUAAACUCGGUUCCACUUGCCUUGAGUUACACACACUCUCUUUCUUCUGCUGCACCAGCAACAACAGAGAAUGAACAGUACUGAGGAGGGGAUGCAAGGCAUAGGCAUAGGCAUAGGCUGCUUCCAAAACGACGUCGUAGGGCAGCUGGAGCUGAGUCCCACUAUGAGCAACUCCUCCUCCUCGCUAUCCAUGGAGCUGGACGAGUCCCCGGAGAGCAGAAUCCAACGGUUGAUAUCGGAGCACCCGGUCAUCAUCUUCACCCGAUCCUCCUGCUGCAUGUGCCACGUCAUGAAGAAGCUCCUCGCCACCAUCGGCGUCCACCCCACCGUCAUCGAAUUGGACGACCAGGAGAUCGCCGCCCUCCCCGACACCAGCGCCCCCUCGGCCUUUAUAGGCGGCACCUGCAUCGGCGGCCUCGAAUCCCUGGUCGGCCUCCACGUCACCGGCCACCUGAUCCCCAAACUGGUCCAAGUCGGCGCUCUCUGGUAUGGCAGAAUUUGGGUGAGUGAACGAAUCUGGUUUGACUCGCCGUAUACGGGUGGGAGGUGACACGUGUACAGGAAUGGCAUCCAUGAGCAGCGGGUGAUGGUAAUAAUAACAAGGUAAAUUUGGCUUUGGACUUUCCACUGAGUGGAUUGAUAUUGUCCGUAGAUUGGGUCCCAUUCACGAUUAUUAAGCAAUCGGGACCGUAGGGUUUGUCAGUUUCCUUGGGGAAUCCUAAGCUUAUCUCCUCACUUGUAUGUAAAUUUAUUAAUUUCCGGGUUAAAAUUAUGGCACUUUGUUUGAAUAA